AUGCAGUCAUCGAAUGAAAAACUUCGAAAUCUUAUGAUACAGCUGCACAAUCGAACGGACGCAGCGAAAUUAUCGUUUGAUGAAGCCGUAGAAGAACUCGAACGACAGCGAGCUGAAAACGAUCGGCGAUAUCAAGCUAAGCGAGAUCAAUUGAGAGAAGAACGACGAUUAUGGGAUGAAGAAAAGGCAGCGUUAGAGAAAUUAGUCGCAACAGCAAGUCCAAUUGUGAAUUUGAAUGUGGGCGGAGAAAAGAUUAGUACAUCGAGACGAACGUUGACUCAACCCGAAGGAUCUCUGUUAGCGGCUAUGUUUUCAGGAAAGCUAGAUCACAAAUUAACAAAAGAUUCAGCCGGAUGCAUAUUUCUUGAUUACGAUCCAUUUCUAUUUAAAUGUCUUUUGAACCAACUUCGUACUUGGUCUGAUCCAGGUAUGGAACGUGUCAUUAGAUUGGUCGCUGGACACGAACAGUCCUUUCUCGAUUUACUUUAUCUAUUGAAAAUUGACGAACGAUACAUCGAUCGAGAUCGAACGAUUAAUACCAGCAGUACUACGAUACCAUCGCCGACUGCAUGGCAACCGGAAUCAACUAAAGCUUGGCAACCAGAAGUACCGAGAUCCCGUCAAUCAGAAAAAGGAACACUACGAUUUUGGACGCUCAGUAAUUCUGAUGUGCAAUUAACUGAUAAUGAUCGCCGUUGUGAAAAAAUUACUCAAGGGGUUUAUCAAUGUGUUUUCGGUUCGCAAACCUAUUCCAACGGUACACAUCGCGUUCGGUUGAAAUUAGAAGAAGGCACAGCGAAUAUUUUGAUGGGUAUUUGUUCAUAUAGUAAAACACUCGCAGGUCCAGUUCAUUAUAACACGCCGUCUACUCACGGAUGGUUCGUACAUGGAUAUACGGUUAUCAAUGGUCGAGAACCUCAGCCUGGUUGGCCACAAGUCAAUGAAAAUGAUAUUUUAGAAUUGAAAAUCAACUGCGACGAUCAAUCAAUAACUAUUUACAAUGAAAGAAGUGGAGCGAAGAGCAGCAUGGAUGUUAAUCUUUACGAAGCGCCUCUUCCUUGGUGCCUUCUUAUUCUUUUCAAUUUAAAGCACAGUAGAGUUUCUAUUGUUUGA